GCCCCCGGGGCCGGGAGUGCGGGCUCGGACUGCCGCUCUCCGGGCUUCAAAGGCAGGGAGCAGGGGCAUGGAGGGCAACACGCACCUCCCGCAGGUGAUCCGCAAGCUGCGCUCCCAAAUCCACAAGCUGGAGAGGGAGAACAGGGCCCUGAAGGGAGAGCUGCGGGGCCGCGGGCGCGCAGCGGGGCCGGCGCGGGGAGAGGCGAGCGGCGGAGCGCGGAGAUGGGAGCCCGUGCUCGGAGCGCAGGGACCGCCGGCAUCCCGGGCAUCCCCAGCAUCUUCAGCAUCUCCAGCAUCCCGGGCAUCCCUGCAGGGAGGCGGCGCGGCCGCUGCAGCGCCGAGGGAGCAGACAGAUACUGCCAUGACUGUGAGACGCUACCCCACGGCCUCCCCAGCUCCUGCUCCUUGCAGCACAAGGCCCCACUGGGCUGGCAGGAAUCCUCCAAGCACUGGGCUCCCUGAGGGGCCGGGCAGAGCCCAGCCACCAGCCCCUCCUGCUGCAGCACAGCUCAGCAGGGAAGAGGAGGAAGGGCUGGGAAAACCACCAGCCCCUUGUGUCUCCUACAGCCACUCCAGCAACAUGAAGCUGUUUCAGGAGCGUGUCUGUAAGUGCCGGGGUAAAGUGAAGGCUGUGAGUUUCCUCUUACCAACAGAUAUGUCAUCAUUUGCUGAAAAGCAAGUUUCUCUCAAAAGCCCACAAAAUCAGAGCACAAAACAUCUGAUGACCAUCGCUGAAAAGGAUAUGUGAGCUGGUGAAUUUUUAAAGGCCCAUUGAUUCCUGAGAUCAACUGGCCUUAAAUGAUAGCUGUGUGUCAGGUUCCCCUCCUGCAAAACGCUGUGGCAGGGUGCCCACAGAGCAUCACCCAGCCGUGUUUUGGGUCACUGGCCUGAUGUUCAGCACGGAAAUGGGAGCCAAACAAAGCCAGCUGGAAGCCCAGACACGGUGGUGAAACCACACAAAGCAAAGGUGCCUGCACAAAGCGGUCUGUGUAAUGUGUUCAAGGAGCCCUUACCUCAGGACUGAUGAGAACAGGCUGCUGAAGCUGGGUUUGCUGUGUUUGUCACAAAAAGCAGAAACUCUGUCACCACUUGUGUUUGCUGAUUCCCUUGACAGAAAGGUGUCUGAUGCAAAUGACAAAAUAAGAACUAUCAAAGAGCCUGUGAGGUUUUCUCUGUAGGUAAAACCUUCAAGCUUCACUAAUACAGCAAAGUUAAGGAGAUAUUACAGAGUCAGUAAAUGCUGCCCUGAAUUUCUGCAAAGCUUGGCAAUGUCCUUUUGGGGUUCACUUCUAACAGAGUAUGGGGAAAAGUAAGUACUUAUUGCUAUGAAAGUGUGACUAAAAUCUGCUUCUCACACGGUGUGCUCAUCCAGCUGGAGACUAAAGGCUGGAUACCAAGUCAAAAUAAUUCAAAACUGUGAAUAUCAGAAUUUUUUAGGAAUGGCUUCUCAGCUCACACUAAAAAUCAUUAGCAGAAAUUCAGCAAGCAAGUACAACAUAACUGUGAGAUAGAACUACAGACACCUUGCAAAAAAUGAGCAGUGCUUGUUAGUUUAAUCAUACAAGUGAAGAUAACAUUCCCUGUGUUUAUUUUGAUUACAACUAUUUAUGGAAUCAAAAUACUGCACACUGCCAUUUCUUUCUGUACAGGAAGCACUGAUGAUUGAAUACUGUAUAAAGAAUACAUGAAUAGUAGAUGUUUGUACAGAUAACUUUAAGGAAGAUUUUAAUCUCAUGGUCUACUCUUAAAGUCUUGAGUUUUCUGAGUUUUCUACUAAGUCUUGAGACUUAGUAGAAAAAAAACCCUCUGAAUUUUCCAUUAUGUUUUAUACUUCUAUGACAUACUGUGUUUCUUUUUUCAUUUUGAAUUUCACCAUAGUUUUUUAUAUUCAAGUGUGGUUUUAAUAUAUUCUCACUGUUGAAGUAAUAAUUUCAAUUUCACUGCUAUUUUAUUUGUGUAUUUUUAUGUUCAGCUUGGAUCCACACAGUGUUGCAUUGUAAUGUAAGAAGUAAUGAAUUAAUGCAAACGAGGUUCCAGUUUGGAAACAGUCCAUUUUAGAAGGCUUUACUGGGAAGGUUUUAUAAAUGUUUUAAGGAAAGCAUCAUUUGUGGGAAUUAAACAUUGCAUAAGUGUUCAGUUAAGCACCUAAAUUUAGUUGUUUUCCCUCAGGAAAGUACAAAAGUCUUUGAAAAAUCUGGCCCCUGGACCUUUAAGGUACCCAAAUGUUUACAGUUAAGGUUUUUACACCAGAUUUAAUUGGAUUUGGGAAUCCAUAUGCUUUAGAAAGCUUUCAAAAGCUCAACUUUUAAUUUUUCUAAGCCUCAGCUUCCAUGAAGCAGCAGUGGGAAUUUCCUUCUCCUACCCUUUUUGUGUCAGUUCACUGUAGAUAUGUGACUGACACAAGAACUGAGCACUUUUGUAGGCCUAGAGGAAAAGGAGAAUAGAAAAGGUGGAAAGGAAAAAAGGGACAGCAAUCAAAGUAAUCACUGACAAAUGGCAGUUGGUAUAUUAAUGAAAAGAUUUAUU